AUGACUACCAAAACCGACUUCUCGACGCCCGACAUUCCCAUGUCAGAGGCGACAUUUUACUGUUCGGCAUGUACGCGAAUCAAUGCACCUGCCUCUCUGGUGUUUCGCACUCUGCGCAACACUGAAACAUGGAAGGACUGGAAUCGCUGGAUCCCUCGCGUCAGGGUAACCCACCAACCCGACGACGAAGACGAUGCGACCCUGGCCGAAGUCGAAGAACUGGUGCGCAACACUUCCAUCGCCGUCAGCUACGACUCUGACAUCACGGACGGUGCGGCCCCCAACCAUGCUCAGCAACAAGCCGCGCUGCGCCGCAGCCUGGCCCGAGACGUGAUUGAAUCCCAAGGUGGUGAAGGCGAGGGGAGAAGGAGCACUGACGGCCACCUCUUCCCCCCUGUCACACGCCAGCAACUCCACGCAGGCCGUCGGUCUGAGCAAUCUGACCGGCCCGGUCGCCCGGGUUCUUCAGCAGGCUCACCAGCCAGACCAGCCUCGGCGACGAACGAACACUCGGGGGCGCAAAAGUUCCAAGCGGCGCAAGAAGCUCGCAAAGCAUCUAUGGAAGCCGGUGAAACGCCCCAAGCUCCCCAGAACGCCGUCCUGCUCGAAGCCCCCCACGACCCGUCCGUUCUAAUGCCCGCGCCAGCCAACACGGCGUCGACGGCGCUCGCCGUCUUACACAACCACCUUCGCCACAGUAAGGAUGGCGGCUCUCGCAAAAGCACGUCGUCCCGGCCCCAACUCAACAUCAACGCACUGUACGGCGAACCCAGCGUGCGCAUCCAGCUCGGCACGAAACUGAGGUUUUAUACCAAGAUGAAGCUCCCCAAGAGCCCCGAAGUGAAGCCCGUGAACGUAGUCGUGACCGAAGUGUCGCGGCCCGACGACCCUGCGGACGACCCAGCCGGGUCAGCAGUCGACAACAUGACACGCACGCAGACGCACACCGUCUCCAAGUCCGGCGUGUACAGGCUGGUCUGGACCACGGAGAAUACGUACAACCCGCCCAUAGCGCUGCCGCGGUUCCUGCUCCAGAUCCAGCGCGUGCACGAGAUCAGACCCAUCGUCAGCGGCGACGGCACCGAGCAGUGCGAGUAUUGGGACUGGGAGGCCCAGAGGGGCCUGCUGGCGAAGAAGACGAAAAAGGAUUCUGCAAAGUACAUUGAAGAGCGCUUGGUUGAGUGGGGACAGAGGCUCGGUGAGUUUUGUGAGAGUCUGGCAGGCGCUGUGGAGCGGAGAGAUUUCGUCGGGUGA